UAGUUUAACGACAAAUUUCUCAGAACUAUACCAUGAAUUUGCAAAGGACAAAAAUUGGCUUCAGACCAAGUUAGAGCUGAGAGAUAUGGAUGAAGUGGACAUAGAACGUCUCAAGAAAAUCAAAACGUAUAUAAGUGAAGCUGUUACAACAGCAAAGAGGGAAUCGCCUUUAAAGAUACCAGCAAAGUGGAUAAGAUAUGGAUAUAUCUUGGAGGCUUUAAAAGAUGAUACACCAGUACUCAGUACGACUGAAAUUUUAAAAAUCAUAGACCGUCUUAACUUUGAAAUUGGAGAUGUUGAAAUCAGCGAUAUGCUUGAGUUUUUUCAUCGCCGUGGGAAAAUCCUUUAUUUCAGUGUAGAAAAAUUAAGAGAAAUUGUAAUUUUGGAUGUUCCGUGGUUUGUAAAAUGCUUUAAGCAUAUUGUUUCCGACCCCAAACAUUUGCGAGAAGAUCAUAGAGAAGUCAUUUCAACGGUUGAACGAAAAUGGAAAUGGUAUUUAGAAAAAGGUUUCCUAGAGGAUGAACUCUAUCAAAUCUUGAUACGGGAAAAAAACCCAAGUCUAAAUAUGGAACAUCAACGAAUAUUAGGUGAAUAUCAGAAUAAGUUAGGAAUGAUGUUUCACAUAGACAAUUUUGAAAUAGAUAACAAAAACGUAAGUGGUUGGUAUGUGCCAUGUGUGAAUACUGAAAAGUUCAGUCCAAAAGAAAAGCUGAGGACUGACAGCAAGGCGUCCCCAAUUCUUUGUUUUCUAUUUGAACAGUAUCUGCCUUAUGAUCUAUUUGGUAGAUUGAUUGUGAAGUGUUUGAGUACUACACACUGGACACCAUAUGGAGGUCAUCUGUACAAAACCGGUGCAUAUAUGAGUUAUAGAACAGAAGGGGGAAAAGAAGUGGAAGUGUGCUUCUUUACAUCGGAAAAGGUUUUCACUGUUCAAAUCAUCAGUCUGAGAAAAGAUUCGGCAAAAUAUGGACACGCAAUCAUUACAGAAUUAUAUACGAUUUUUGAGCAAUUUUUAAAAACUUUUUACAAAUCUUUAACAAAAUAUAAAAUUGGAUAUUUGUGCAAUAAUAAAAGAGGCUAUGAAAAAGAUUCCCAUAAACAUUGCAUUGUCACAGAAAAAAACAAUGCAUAUUGCAAGUCAUGUGACAUCGUUUUCAAAACAGAGAUGGAGAAAGCGAAAGAGUUUUGGGAACAAUACAGUGAAAAGAAAUCUGCAGUGGACAGCACAAGAUCAUCAGAAACACAGUUGAUAACUCGAUGUUGUCGUGUGUAUAUGGAAGUUUUAUAUAAAUUUUCCGGUCAUCUGAAACCAGACAAAAGCACAAACGAAGGUUUUGGAACUUUCUUCAUAAAUAUGCUGAAAAACCAGAUGCCGUAUAAUUGCUCACCACAAUGGGAAAUCUUACCAGCCGUGUCCGAAAACAAUAUUGAAGCUGACAUGAAGAGACUUGAUAGAUUAAUUGAAGUUGGACAAAGACUGAGGAAGAUACAGGAAGAUGUUUAUUCAAAACUGCAACUUACACAACUUGAAAAAGAAACUGAGCAUAUAGCAGAGGAUCUAAAAAAGAUAUAUUUGUCGCUUAGAGGUGAACAUGAGAAUAUAAGAAGAGAUAUGUUCUUCCUCUGGACAGGUGAAGAAGAUAAAAAUACCUUGGAAAAACUGAAAGAUAUUCCUCUCAUAUCACUCAAGGUAAAUGAUGUUGAAUACGGCAGAAACGUGAAAGUCGAGGCCAGUGUUGAUGUUGACAUUUCUUACGUCAUGUGGCUAAAGAGUACGGGGCUACAUAGACGAUUCAACAUUUUGAAAGAUACUCCGAAUAAGAUAGUAAUAAAAAGAAAAGGGACGAAGCUCUCAAUACAGAUACAAGACUUCUCAAGAUAUGACGAAGGUUUUUAUCAGCUCGUAGUUGCAACGGAGAAUGCAGUUGGCAAAGAAAGAUUCAUGCUUUCGACAGAUAACGAAAAACUUGAGUCUCCCUGA